AUGCUAUCGGCAGCUCACAUGGUGGCAUUCUCGAUGCUUUCCGCAUCCGCCAUGAAGCCACCUAAACGUGAACACCUCGCCGGGCUUUUGCACCUUAUUGCCGUACUAGCACUCCCCGAGCUGCCCGACGAUGUACGAUCACACGCACUGCGGGUUUUCAAUGGACUGCUCAGCACUCAGUCCUUCGCUGCCUCCAACGACGGCAACGCCCUCCUCAACGAGGUGAGGACCUCUCUGGUGCCCGCGCUGGUGGAGCUGCUGAUGCAGCCCGCGGACCCGGACUACACCCUGGCGGCGUGUGAGAACGCGGCGGCGACACUGGAGGUCCUAGCUGAGCUGCUCAAUCUGCAGCACCGGGAGACCGUCAAACACGCCGCUGCUGCGCUGAUGGGGUUGGCGGUGGAGAAGGAGAGCAAGGUCAACGUGAUGCUGUUCGCGGGGGUGCAGCUGGUACGGCUCAUGAGGGGCAAGGACACCGAGUUAGCCAACAACGCCCGAGAUGCGGUGGCGGCCGCCUCCGAGCACCUGGACGCCCGGAGGACCGCGGAGAUGCUGCUCAGUAUGGAGGAGCGGGAGCUGUUGUUGUGGCGUGGACCUCCCCCCGAGACUCCCCCAGACUACCGCUACAAUGUUUCGCUGCCCGCCUUUGUGCCACCGCGAAUUUAA